UGCUUUGGUCCUUUUGUGGGAUGGGGGAGCCCGGCAGAGCUGGGGGGUGGCCGGGGGUCCUGGAACCCUCAGGGGGUCUGGAGCCCUCGGGGGUCCCGGGGCCCUCAAGGGACUUGGAGCCCUCAGGGGUCUUGAAGCCCUUGGAACCCUCGGGGGUCCCAAAGCCAUUGGAGCCCCUGGGCGUCUCAGAGCCCUCAGGGGUCCCGGGGCCCUCAAGGGACCCAGAUCCUCCAGGGGUCUCAGAGCCCUCGGGGGUCUCAAAGUGCUUGGAACCAUUGGGGGUCCCAAAGCCACCACAGCCCUCGGGGGCCUCGAAGCCCUUGGAACCAUCGGGGGUCCCGGACCCCUCAGGGGUCCCGCAGCCCCUGGAGCCCUCGGGGGUCUCGGAGCCCCCGGGGGUCCCGGAGCCCCUGGAGCCCCCGGGGGUCCCGGAGCCCCCGGAGCCCACGCCGCCCGCCGAGCUGCUGGAGCAGGUCCUGCAGCAGCGCUUGGGGCCCCUGCCCCGGCCCGCGCCCAUCGUCCGCCUGCGCCGCGGCCCCGACGGCGCCUACGAACCCACCGGGGACCCGGCCGAGGUGCUGGAGCGGCGGCAGGCGGCCAACGCCAAGGAGAGGGAGAGGAUCCGGAACCUCAACAGAGGCUUCUCGCAGCUGCGCUCGCUGGUGCCGCUGGUGCCGCGGGACCGCCGGCCCAGCAAGGCGGACACGCUGCGGGCGGCGGCGGAGUACAUCCGGCUGCUCCGGGGGGUGCUGCAGGAUCUCGGUGCUGAGCAGGAGUUGGGGGGCACAGCCGGGGGGGCCCCCGAGCCUGGCCUGGCCGAGCCCCCCCGUGCCCCUGGGGACCCCCCAGACCUGGGGCACGGUGUUUCCUGACGCUCCUAAAAGGGUCUCCCCUGAAGGCCAAACUCAAAGCUCCAGCCCCCAUUUCCCAUUUUUGGGGUCUUGCUCCUUUCCUGGCGCCCUGCACCCCAUAAAACCCACACCCCAAAAUAAGGGGGGACAGGGGAUCUGUCCCCCUUAAAACGCAGAGCUUGGGGGAGGGGGAUGCAGAACUGUGAUUAAUUUCUCUAUGAAAUUGUCAUUAGCAAUUAGCUCCUCCCCCCCAGGUAAUGGCUCAUUAUUGAUCGUUGAUAUGACCCCAAUUAAUAAAGGUGGAUUGCGGGA